AAAACAAAAUAAAUCCUUCAUAUUUUGCAAAAUAAUUGAAGAAAAUAUAAAACGAAAAUUUGUUGGGAAUAAAGGUGCACAAUUCUUUAUUAUUAGCAACCUUUCCCACUAUGCCCGACUUGACAAAUCGCACAGCAUGAAUACAAACAGGAAAAACACAAAACUUUAUGUAUGAAGCGAUUGAUAGUGCGGAAUAUUUGCAGCAUGAUGAAGUUUAUCGAUAUUGGAGCAAACCUGACCGAUCCUAUGUACCAAGGGAUCUACAACGGAUCGGCAAAACAUGAACCCGAUCUGUGCCAUGUGUUGCAGCGUAGCUGGACCGGUGGAUUGGAAAAAAUAAUCGUGACGGUAGGAACACUUUCCGACUGCGAGCCAACGUUUGAGAUCGUCCAGAAUGAUGAAAGGCUCUUUGCUACCGUAGGCUGCCAUCCGACACGUUGUGGUGAAUUCGUUUCAGAUCCUGAAGCGUAUUUUAAAUCGCUUUGCCAUCAGAUAGAGGAACACCGUGAUAAGGUUGUUGCGAUCGGAGAAUGUGGUCUCGAUUACGAUCGUUUGCAUUUCUGUGAGAAAGAUGCCCAGCUGCAGUACUUCGAGAAGCAGCUAGAGUUGGCCGCAAAGUACGAUUUGCCACUGUUUCUGCAUUGCCGUAAUGCGCACGACGAUUUCAUCGACAUCUUGCAGCGUAAUUUGGACCAACUGCCUAGGCGUGGCGUGGUGCACACGUUCGAUGGUACACUGGAGGCUGCGAAAACAUUGAUAGCGCAUGGGUUUGCCAUCGGCAUAAACGGUUGUUCGUUGAAGACGGAAGAAAACCUUAAAGUCGCAGCGCAAAUCCCAGACGAGUGGAUCAUGGUGGAAACGGAUAGUCCCUGGUGCGAGAUACGGCCAUCCCAUGCCGGAUCGAAGCAUGUGAAAAGCAAAUAUCCUACCGUGAAAAAGAAGGAAAAGUGGGAACCAUGCUCGCUUAUUGCCGGUCGAUGUGAACCGGUAAUGAUAAGCCAAGUACUGGAAGUGCUUGCAGGUAUCAAAGGAAAGCCAGCGGUCGAGCUUGCCGAUCAGUACUACAAAAACACACUUAAAAUGUUCUUUCCAAAGCGGGCAGCGUACAGUUAGGGCAAUAAUUUUGGAUUGCACUCGUGGCCACAUCAGAGAUUAAAUUAAUAUGAGCAUACACACUUCAA